UUGAAAUAUCCCAGCAUUAUUGUAGUUGUAAAAUAUAGAUUUAAAUGGAUAGAAGAUAGCUUUUGUAGAAGACGCGGCAAGUCGUACUGCUUCCUUCCGAAAAGUGUUUUAGGAGCCGAAGAGAUAAUCGACGAACGAGGUUGUGAAUUAGUGAUUCUCAGGGUGAAUAGAUGCAGUGGCCAGUGUCUGUCAUUCAGUUUUCCGAAUCCCAUCACUGGUCGAACAUCUGUUCACGCAAAGUGUUGCAGAAUGACGGAUUCCGAAUGGGUAACCACCGAGCUGAUGUGCAACGAUGGCCCACGACCGAUCAAAAUUCCGAGCGCUGUUCAAUGUGACUGUUUCGAUUGUGCGAUUCACUAG